GCCCAGAUAGGCAGAGUGAGGAGAGAGAGCAGUGUUGGAACAGGGACUUCCCUGAGCCUCCAUCAUCUGCAGGGAGGCAAAGCCACACUAACACACACUGCCUCCCCACACACACACACACACACACACACACACACACACACACACACACACACACACACACACACACACACACACACACACACACUGUGCUGAGAGCUAGCAAGGGCUUUAAACAGCUUCACACUAAAUAGAGACAAAGGGACUGUAACCUACCAUAAUGGAGGAAAACAUGGAUGAAUCGCAAAGCCAGAAAGGCUGUAAGGAGUGCUGUGAGCAAUGUGUGGGCAGUCUGCCGUGGGCCUCUCUCAUCGCUACUAUUCUCCUCUACAUGGGUGUGGCCUUGUUCUGUGGGUGUGGCCACGAGGCUUUGAGCGGCACGGUCACCAUCCUCCAGAACUACUUUGAAGUCAUCAGAGCCCCGGAAGAAACACUGGAUGUGUUCACCAUUAUUGACAUCCUGAAGUACAUCAUCUAUGGCCUUGCAGCUGGAUUCUUUGUGUUUGGAGUGCUGUUGCUUGUGGAGGGCUUUUUCACCACCGGAGCUAUUAGGGAUCUCUAUGGAGAGUUCAAGAUCACUGCCUGCGGACGCUGCCUGACUGCAUUCCUGAUGUUCCUGGCCUACCUGUUCUUCCUUGUGUGGCUCGGAGUGACAGCAUUCACCAGCCUGCCGGUCUUCAUAUACUUCAAUGUUUGGUCCAUGUGUCAGAACACCAGCUUGGUGGAGGGAGCAAACCUCUGCCUGGACCUGCGUCAGUUUGGAGCGGUGACCAUCUCUGAGGAGAGGAGGGUGUGUACAGGAUCUGAGAAGUUCUUCAAGAUGUGUGAAUCCAAUGAGCUGGACUUGACCUUCCAUCUGUUCGUGUGCGCACUGGCAGGAGCAGGAGCAGCCGUCAUCGCAUUGGUCCAUUUUCUGAUGGCUCUAGCUGCUAACUGGGGCUAUCUUAAGGAUGCUAGCCGGAUGCAGAAGUACGAGGACAUCAAGUCUAAGGAGGAGCAGGAGCUGCAUGACAUCCACUCCACACGCUCCAAAGAACGCCUCAAUGCCUACACAUAAACACAUACCUACGAGAAAUGACACACCUGUCAGACACACACAAGAUGAUACAUACACACACACAGGGCCUGACACAAGUCUAAGGAUAGCAGAAACAUACAGUAUAUACAUGAGUGAAAAAAACAACAUAAACAUACAUUCAAAGACACAAUUACAGACACUGGUAGGCAGAAAUUAGAUGAUAAAAAAAUGAUGAAAACACAGACACCAUCAUAAUCCUCAUGUCUGCAGUAGAUCACUGGCUCAGGUGGCCUAUGUUGACACUUUAGCAUCCACUAUGUUGGUUUGUGCCAUACAUAAUUUACAUUUCAUUUCAUUAUUAACCCUGACUUUUGAGUG